UCCUCCGCCUCCCUCCUGUGUCCCAGUGCUCGUGUGGAAAAGGAGAAGACGGAGUGUUGAAAGCAACUCUUCAGAUUCCUGCAACUUUCUGAGAGCCUAUUGUACAAGAGGCAGGGUUCCUGCAUAGCAAGGUGGAGUUGGUCAAAUGCACCUUUGGGGGGCAUGUUUACAUAGUCCUUUCCAAGUAGAAGCUGUGCGGUGCUUGGAGCUUGAGUUUGCUCAAGCAAGCCAAACUCUUCUAACGUGAACUCCGCUAGUUCUCAGGACUGGGAUGGAAGAGUCAGCACCAGCAGAAAGCCAGGGCCAGCUACCAAGCCCCCACCACGGCUCACUGAGGAGGGCAGUGGCUGCUGCCCUGGCCCUGGAUGGGGAGUCCACAAUGGGCCGUAGGAAGAAGAGGAGGAAAGAGUCUCGCCCAGAAUCCAUCAUCAUCUACCGGUCAGAUAAUGAGAAGACGGAUGAGGAGCCCGAGGAACCAGAAGGUGGCGAUCGGCCUAAAGAGGAGGAGGGGGAGGAUUUCCUGGACUACCCCGUAGAUGACGGUGUGUGGAACAUGCCUUUGGACAGCCGCUACGUCACACUGACGGGGACCAUCACUCGAGGGAAGAAGAAGGGUCAGAUGGUGGACAUCCACGUCACGUUGACAGAGAAGGAGCUGCAGGAACUGACCAAACCCAAGGAGCUGUCAAGGGAAGCAGCCCCUGAGGGAAGAAGUGUCUGCCAGGUGGGGGCAGACCAGGGCCCACAUGUGGUCCUCUGGACACUGGUCUGCCUACCUGUGGUCUUUAUCCUUUCUUUUGUCGUGUCUUUCUACUAUGGCACUAUCACCUGGUACAACAUCUUCCUUGUGUACAAUGAGGAGAGGACCUUUUGGCAUAAGAUUUCCUACUGUCCCUGCCUCAUUCUCCUCUAUCCAGUGCUCAUCAUGGCCAUGGCCUCCUCCCUGGGGCUAUAUGCCGCCGUGGUCCAGCUGUCAUGGUCCUGGGGAGCGUGGUGGCAAGCUGCCUGUGACAUGGAGAAAGGCUUCUGUGGCUGGCUCUGCAGCAAGCUGGGCCUGGAGGACUGUUCUCCCUACAGCAUUGUGGAGCUGCUGGAGUCUGACAAUAUCUCAGGCAAUCUCUCCAACAGGGACCCCAUCCAGGGAGUAGAGACCUCCUCUGUCUAAACCACCAGAGACUUCUUUCCCUAGUAGUUGAUAGUCAUUCUACAGUUCUAGCAGGUUCUUUCCUUAAACUAUCCAGUCCCCGCUACAGACCUGGAAAAUCCUAGCUCACAAUGGUCUGCCCACCAUCUUCAUUAUCCCAAGAGGGCAGGAAACAGAAAAGUAACUUGUGCCAAAAUAGCUCGUCUAAUAUGCAAGUGCAUCUUGACUCUUUGCCCUGAAAUGACCAUUUAUCUGGAAUAUGAAGGUCCACUGUAAAUUUCUUCAGAGGCCUGAUGGUGUUAUUGGUGCCUGUAAUCCAGGGAAGUAUGUGCCUAAAUGUGACAGGAAGAAAAAAGAGGCUCAGGGGUAACCAAAUCCACCAAGAAAAUAGCUGGAGAUGGAGCGGCACAUUUAGGUAGCUAGGCUACUAAGAUGAAGACUGGGCAUCAUGUAUGUUUAGAUAGAACUGCAUAUAAUUAGAGCCCCAAACAUGAGUGAACCAAACAAGAGAGAAAUCUUCUUCCAUCUUAUAUAGAUGUCUGGAGGUGGACCACCCCAAAACCCUGUGAUGUCAUCUGGAGUUCACUGGAUGGUGUUCUUAUUUUCAGUUUCCAAAUGCUGACUAUAUCUCUAGCUGUUAUAGUAGUGCUUCUGGGAAAUACAGAAGAAGCAAAGGGGGGCACAAAGCCCCCGUCAAUACUUAUUAUAUCUCAUUGACCACACUAUAGUCACAUGACCUCACAAUCAAGAUACUGGGAAACGUUAUCUUUUAUCUGGGUAACUAUAUUCCUAGAUGAUAUUGGGUUAUGUAAAUUUGUGGAAAGGGAGAAUAGCUAUUUGGCAGGCAGGCAUGAGUCCACAUCUUUUUUGUUUUGUUUUGUCUUUUUGAGACAGGGCUUCACUGUAUUACUUUGGAGCCUGUCCUGGAACUCACUCUUGUAGACCAGGCUGGUCUCAAACUCACAGAGACCCCCCCUGCCUCUGCCUCCCGAGUGCUGGGAUUAAAGGCAUGUGCCACCACUGCCCAGCAAGAGUCCACACCUUAUGAAUAGGUAUUAAUAUCAUUCAGGAUUCAAAACUACUAAUACAGCUUUAUUUAUUUACUUGUUUAUUCAUUUAGCUAUUUUGGUCCUAGUCUUACAAGGAGAAUUUAUACCUAAAUAUGGGCUACAUAUACUAUGCAUAUGCCUUAGACAGUAGCAUCUCUUGUACUUGACAACUUAACUUUUGUCCCGUGGUUUCAUAUAUGUCAUAUAACUACAGGAUAAUUCUUCCUGGAAAGAAAGGGGGCACAGGGAUUGACAGUAUUUAAUCUAUAAAGACAGAGGAGAGGGAGAGGAAAAGAGAGUGACAUACACACACACAGAGACAGAGAGAAAGACAGAGAGAGAAUCAGAGAGAGACAGAGAGAGACUAUCCCAGCAGGGGUUAGUAGCUCAAAACAGCACAUUUAGCUUGUGCUUUGGUCAAACCCGGGAGCCUUAUUCACUCAGACCUCGCUAGCAUGAAGCACCUCUGACAUGGGUAAUAUCACCAAUUAAUCCAGAUGAAAAGAUCCUGGAUGGAAGAAAUACUUCAUUUUUAAGUGUCUUGGUUUCAAAAUGUCCAGUCCUAAGAGGUCAGUGAGUUUUGGAAUUGGGGUUCUUUGCAAAAAGUGAUCAAAUUUUUUCUUGUGUCUCAGAAACAAAUGCUUCGAGGAACCAGCAUGAACUGAACUAGAGGGGUGGGUCAAGCUCCCCAACUACCAAACAGUGACAUUCAUUUAGUGUAUGGUGCUGAACUCCACUUUCAGAGAAUCAAGAAAACAAUCCUGUUAGUAGAAAAAGAAAAAAAAAACCGUGUCCAGUAUUUUUGAGAAUAGCUGUGGUGCUUCCUGGUGCAUUUCCAGAGAUAAGAGUAAUUUAAAUGAAAAUAAAAAUAAUAGAAUCUGA